AUGAGCGUGGGGCGGAUCAACCGUUACAGCAUUGUGUCGUCCGAGGAGGAGGCGCUGCGCCUCACCAAUAUGCACAGCAGCAGCGGUGGCGGCAUGAACGGCUUCGGCAACGGCAAGAUCCACACGUGCCGCAAGGUCCGCAACCGCUUUGUCAAGAAGAAUGGCCAGUGCAACGUGCAGUUCGCCAACAUGGAGGACAAGUCGUCGCGCUACAUGGCCGACAUGUUCACCACGUGCGUGGACAUCCGUUGGCGCUACAUGCUGGUGCUGUUCACGCUGGUGUUCGUGCUGUCCUGGCUGGCCUUUGGCCUGGCCUUCUGGGUUAUAGCGUUGCUCCACGGCGACCUGGACAACCCAGCCGGAGAUGACAACUUCACACCCUGCGUCCUGCAGGUCAACGGCUUCGUGGCCGCCUUCCUGUUCUCCAUCGAGACACAGUCGACCAUUGGCUACGGCUACCGCUGCGUGACGGAGGAGUGUCCAGUCGCCGUAUUCAUGGUGGUUUUCCAGUCCAUCGUUGGCUGCAUCAUCGACUGCUUCAUGGUCGGCGCCAUCAUGGCCAAGAUGGCAAGGCCCAAGAAACGGGCGCAGACGCUGCUGUUCAGCCACAACGCAGUGAUCACUAUGCGCGACAGCAAGCUGUGUCUCAUGUGGAGGGUGGGGAACCUGAGGAAGAGUCACAUCGUAGAGGCCCACGUCAGAGCUCAGCUCAUCAAACCCCGGAUCACUGACGAAGGGGAGUACAUCCCCCUGGACCAAAUAGACAUCAAUGUGGGCUUUGACAAAGGCCUGGACAGGAUUUUCUUGGUUUCACCCAUUACGAUUAUCCAUGAGAUCGAUGAGAAUAGUCCGCUCUAUGGGAUCGGAAAAAAUGACCUGGAGACGGCGGACUUUGAGAUCGUGGUCAUACUAGAAGGGAUGGUCGAGGCAACCGCCAUGACCACGCAGGCCCGCAGCUCCUACCUGCCCACGGAAGUGCUGUGGGGUUACCGGUUCGAGCCAGUGCUCUUCGAGGAGAAGAACCUGUACAAGGUGGAUUACUCUCACUUUCACAAGACCUACGAGGUACCGUCCACCCCACGCUGCAGUGCCAAGGACAUGAUGGCGAACAAGUUCCUGGUGCCCACCUCCAACUCCUUCUGUUACGAGAACGAGCUGGCCUUUCUCAGCCGGGAUGAGGACGAGGAAGAGAAGGUGGUGGGCGUGGGCAGUGGUACGUUCAGAGCGCUGGCCAACCUGAACAGUCCGGAACGGACCAGUAGACACGAGUUCGAGAGGCUACAGACCACCAGGGGACUGGACCAAAGGUCGUACCGCAGGGAGUCGGAGAUAUGA